AUGCUGAGCCCUACUGUACUGCGCCUAUUCUAUCUCAGAGACUAUAGGAGCAUUGUCGACCAAUUAGAGACCAAGACAAGACGUUCUACUACAAAUAUCGGCCUCUCAAGGGCGGGGCCAUGCUCUGAACAUUAUUUUGGUAUUAAGUUAUUUGAUAAUAGAUUUUCUGUUUCGUUAAAGUUUUUGUCUGUUUGUGUAUGUUGA